GUAAAAUCCACUGAUUGAAGACAGCCUUUUGACUGAAGGUAAACAACAAACAGAUAAGUAAAGCAUGGAACAAUAAAUGGUUAAAGUAGGGCUUUAACUACUUUGAGCAGUGGAGGUAGCAUUGAUAUUUGUAGCUGAUGAAGUUCUAUCAUGUUUGUUUUUUUUAGCAUGUGCAACACUAGAAAUGUUUAGGUGUUGUAGGCUACAGGCUUUCUUGGUAUACUUUCCUUUUCUAUUUAAAGAUUAAUAUUUGGAAAUGCACAGUAAUCAUUUGUAUGUUGGGAUAAUAGUUAAAGCUCCUGUUAGGAACCUUAGAUUUUACUUUAAUGUUGGCAGCCUCUGUGGACAAAGUGCUCUGUAUGUGUGGUAAAAAUGUAAAAUUUUAUUUUUAAAUAAUUUAAUCCUGUGUUCUUCUAUCUGUCAAAUUUAACACUCACCUAAAUCUUUGUGGUGCAGAAUGUAAAGGCUUUGUUAAUGCAUUCUUUUUCUGUAGCCUAUUCCCUACAGCAGCAUUGUAAAUAAGGGUCUGGGUGGCCGCGGAUCUCAGACCACUACUGUGAGAUGCCGCCUCUGUCAGAAUGGAAGUGCGAUUUGCCAGUACAGUGUGUCUGAAUUUUUUUCAUUUUUUUUCAACUUUAUUCAGAAAUAAUUUCUGGCAGUUACAGAAAUAUCUGCAAUUAUAUGCAGUAAAAAGUGCAAAAAGUUGCAAACCAAGCAACAUUUCAUAAAUAAAACAGAAAAAAAGGUCCGAGAUCUUAUCCAGGACUAAAUCAGACCUGUUUUAAAGUAGUUAUGCAAAGGUGGCUUGCUUUAGCUUGUUAGCUUUAGCUAAGCUAACAUGGCUAUGCUAGCUAUGUAGUUGAUUGAAGUGUCAAAUCCCAUACUUCUGGUACACUUAAAUGCAGUACAGAUCCCUUUAUCUCAGUGGGUUAGUGCCGCCUUAAUAUUAAGUGACAACGGUUGAACUGCCUGUUUUCUUCUUCUACUUUUUUACAGCAAACCAUAAGUAGACAUUAGGCAAUUAUAAACAUAAUUUAAAGGCUAUUUUCACUCACCAUUAGUCUCAUUAAACUAUUACUUAAUGUUAACAUCAUUCACAUAAAAAAUGACCUUUUUCUGCCUUAAAUGCCCUCUUCUUGAUCGAUACCUGCUGCUACUGCUGAUAACAUGUCAGCUAGGUAGCAGAUGCUAACGCUGGUGCACUAGCAUGCUAAAAAUACAGUUAUGGGUAUAAAUUCUCACAUUUUUAGUGUGCCAAUUGUAUUCUGAAUUUGAUUGUACUUGUCAGUUUAAACACACUAGCUGCACUUAUGUAGGCCUACUCAAAAUGUUUAGUAUUUAGUACAGAAAUGUGUUCUGGGACACACUGAAUAUGUAAGCCAGUUUAGGUGCAUUAGCUUUAGCUUAAGCAAUAUGAGCUUUGGCAAAAACAGCCAAAGCUAAUGUAGCAGCAUGAGCUAAAUAGAUAACAUAGCUAUGUUAGCUAUGUUAGCUUUGGUAAAUGUAGCAUAAGCUAACAUAGCAGUGGUCUGCAAGAACGCAUUUUGAGAUAGGAGGUCUGCAGCCUGACUGUCUUGUGGAAUUUUCAGGUAUUAAUAACAACAAUACAGAAAUAGCCUCGCUCCUGAUGGUCUCUUUACCCGUUUAAGGUCAUUAAGAAACAUCAGUACUAAUUUGGACUCAUUUCAGUCAGUUUCAUAAGGAGCUGAAAAAACUCACAAGAGCUUUCACAGAGGGAAAUCCACUCCUACACAGCCUAUAAAGUUCUGAGUUGUGGAGGUCAAUAGCUUUAAUGCAUUUUCGAGUCAUAUUUUGAAUCUAAAAUCACUUUGAAUGCAGGAAUGAGGCUGACUCCAACUACUCUGUGCUCAGCUUAAUCAUGUGGCACUGAUCUUUUCAGCUUCAAGUGGUUUGUGAGUUUUUAAUGGUCUUGCUUACAUCGGGACUGUGUCUCCCCAGAGCAAGCUGCUGUGCGCUGACUCCUAACAGAUGAACACAGAGACAGAGGAUGAAUUUUAUCAGUCGGAGGACGACUUGGAUGAAGAUGAGGCGACGCAAUACAUAAUUGAACAGAGCCUUAUUGAAUACAGAAAGCUCAAAGGACUGAAUCCAAGUGAUCUGAAACCAAGUGAAGACCCUGAUGAGAUAUUCAAAGCAAUCCAAGAAGAUGAUGAAGAAGCUUUAAGCAGACUGGUAGCGCAGCCAGAGACCCUGUCCAGAGUCGAUGACCGGGGAUGGAUGCCUCUACAUGAGGCUGCAGUGCAGGAGAAUAGAAAGAUACUUGAGAUCAUCUACUCAGCUUCACCUCCGGGUGCAGUCCAGUGUCGUACAUUGAAGGGUGAGACGCCGCUGUUCCUGGCUGUGGUUCAUGGACUCAGAGAGAGUGCUACAUUCCUCUUACAGAAUGGUUCUAGCCCAGAUCUCCAGAACGAUGAGCAGGAUUCUCCAUUAGUGGCAGCCAUUCUGAAUGACCAGUAUGACUUGGCUACCCUGUUGCUUCGCUACAAUGCCAAUGUAGACCAAAUAGGACCACUGAGCAGGACAGCUCUACACGAGUCAGCCUUUUUAGGCCUGGAGAACUUUGUCUAUCUACUGUUAGAGUCUGGAGCCAACCCUAAUGCCUGUGACAUCAAAAAGAAAACUCCACUGGCUCUGGCUGCACAGAAUGGACAUCUAAAUGUGGUGGAGCUCCUCUUGCAGAAAGGAGCUGAUGUGAGGCAUGAGUCCGAGUCAGGUACUGUACUGUUUGAUGCUGCAGCAUCAGGUAACCCCGACAUAAUCUCCCUACUACUGGAACAUGGAGCAGAUCCCAACCUACCUCUGUACAGCGGACACCUGCCGAUUCAUCGUGUGGCCUACCAUGGACACAUACUGGCUCUGCAGCACCUCAUCCCUGUGACUAAGCUGGAGGUUGUGAAGGAAAGUGGGAUGAGUCCUCUCCACUCUGCAGCUGCUGGUGGACAUGCACGUUGUGUGGAGAUGCUGCUCAAGGCAGGUUACGAUCCAAAUUAUAUGCUUCACCCAAGGGUGAGGCGCAACUACGAAGACGAGCGCAGGUCUGCCCUCUUUUUUGCCGUGUCCAACGAUGACCUACAGUGCACCCGCUUGCUGUUAGAGGCUGGAGCGAUGGUGAACCAGGAUCCCAUCAACUGUCUGCAGGUGGCUCUCAGACAGGGCAACUAUGAACUGAUCAACACGCUACUGAAGUCGGGGGCAAAUGUGAACUACUACUCUCGAGUCAACACCACCCACUUCCCCUCAGCACUGCAGUAUGCUUUGAAAGAUGAGGUCAUGCUCAGGAUGAUACUGAACCAUGGAUAUGAUGUAAAGCGGUGCUUUGACUGUCCCUAUGGUGAUAGUUCCCAUGACUACGCUCCCUGGACGACCUCUAUCAUCAAAGACAUGGUGUUCUGUGAGGUGAUAACGGUGGCCUGGCUCAAGCACAUCUCUGCUCAGGUGGUACGCAUCAUGCUGGACUACACUGACCACGUUACCUUCUGCACCAAACUCAAAGAAACCCUAAUGGAGCAGAAACAGUGGGAGGAGAUCUGUCACAUUCAAAGAAAUCCCCGGAGUCUGAAGCACCUAUGCCGGCUGCAAAUAAGGGAGCAUUUUAGUCGUCUGCGCCUAAGAGCUCCAGUUUUCAUCAACUUCCUUCCUCUUCCUCCCAGGCUGAAAGAUUAUCUUCGCUACAAGGAGUUUGAUGUCUACAGCAGGGGCAGCAUGGUUAGCCUGCUGUGAAAAGUUUACAGAUCUCACAGAAAUCCCUGUAAGAGACUGUCAGUAUCCAUUACCUGUUUACUUUCAUACUGUGUGCUUUUCAUAAGUUUCUCAGUACAUGUGUUAUGUACUCUGUGCCUUGCAAUACUUUGUACAAAAAAGUUUUUGUGUCAUUUACUCCAGUAACUACAGUGACAUGUUGAUGUCUUGUGUACAGAUUCAUUCUUUGUUCUGGAGAUUAAAUAAUAAUAAUAUGAAAUAUUAAAUUAUUAAAAAAAAAACUUUU